AGUAUUAGUGAUGAAUAAUGGUAGGAUUGAUCACUAGUUAAUAGAUUAUAAACCACCAUUAGAAACUCACAAAAUAAAUAAAGACAAGAAAAUGCAUUGAAUGCAUAAUACAAUUUGCUGUUUUUUUAUAGUGUUAACUUUUGUUGCAAUGAUGGUAAAUGGUGAUGUUCAGUGCUGGAGAGCAGUAUUAGUGAUAAAUAAUGGUAGGAUUGAUCACUAGUUUAUAGAUUAUAAACCACCAUUAGAAACUCACAAAAUAAACAAAGACAAGAAAAUGCAUUGAAUGCAUAAUACAAUUUGCUGUUUUUUUAUAGUGUUCACUUUUGUUGCAGCGAUGGUAAAUGGUGAUGUUCAGUGCUGGAGAGCAGUAUUAGUGAUGAAUAAUGGUAGGAUUGAUCACUAGUUAAUAGAUUAUAAACCACCAUUAGAAACUCACAAAAUAAAUAAAGACAAGAAAAUGCAUUGAAUGCAUAAUACAAUUUGCUGUUUUUUUAUAGUGUUCACUUUUGUUGCAACGAUGGUAAAUGGUGAUGUUCAGUGCUGGAGAGCAAUGUUAGUGAUGAAUAAUGGUAGGAUUGAUUACUAGUUAAUGGAUUAUAAACCACAAUUAGAAUCUCACAAGUCAGAGAAAGACAAAAAUGCAUUGAAUGCAUAAUGCCAAUUGGUAAAAAAUUCUGAAAUGUUAGCUGUUGGUGAAUGACGGUUGAAUGAUAAUAGCGUGUGAUUGUUUAAUAAUGUGAAUGGUGUUCUGUGAUGCUGGUCUGUCAGUGCAGGUGAUUGUCGGCAGCAGUGAGGGAAUCACCACACACACACGCGCGCGCUCUUCACUCUCACGCUCCUCCAGUGCUCCACAGACCUUCAUUACUCCAGUCUGUCGAUGUGAGACGCGGAUGACAAAGUUGAAAUCGCAGGUGCACAAAGCGAACCGUCCAUUUGCAGACGUGACAACGAAGACGAGGGAUUAUAUCGCGAGUCCUUCUGUGAUGGCUUUAUGAGGUUGUGUGUGAGAUCUCGGGGAACAAUUGUGAGCAGAAUGCAUAGACACAUGACAAGAGAGACCUUCCUCGUCCUCUUCCUCAUCAUUAGCCUGAUGUGGCCCAUACAUUCAGAGAUCUCCAACUGCGUCAUCAAACGUGAGCAGGAGAGAUGCUCGGAACGAAUCGCGUUGCACAACCCCAAAGAUGAUGAAAAGUUUGAGUGUCCGUGGGAGUGGGAUAAUCUGACCUGCUGGAAGGCGGCCAGUGUCGGUGAGGUCGUGGAGGUCAACUGUCCCGAGCUCUUCGAGUUUAAUAGUCCAGAGGAAGGGCUCGGCAAGAUCAGCAGAAACUGUACGGAGUUCGGUUGGUCUGAACCGUAUCCACACUAUGUUGAUGCCUGUAUGAUUGGUGACAACACAACCAAGCCCGACAUGUUCUAUGCGUCUGUGAAGGCUCUCUAUACGGUGGGCUACAGCACGUCUCUGGUGUCUCUGACCACAGCUAUGGUCAUUCUGUGCCGCUUCAGGAAACUUCACUGCACCAGGAACUUCAUCCACAUGAACCUGUUUGUGUCCUUCAUCCUGAGAGCCAUCUCUGUGUUCAUUAAAGAUGGGGUCCUGUACGCAGAGGAGGACAGCGACCACUGCUUCGUUCAUACUGUGGGGUGUAAGGCGGUGAUGGUCUUCUUCCACUACUGUGUGAUGUCAAACUACUUCUGGCUCUUCAUCGAAGGUCUCUAUCUCUUCACGCUCCUGGUGGAAACCUUCUUUCCCGAGAGACGCUACUUCUACUGGUACACCAUCAUCGGCUGGGGAACGCCCACCAUUUGUGUGACCAUAUGGGCCGUUCUGCGCCUUCGUUUCGAUGAUUCUGGUUGCUGGGACAUGAAUGAUAACACUGCCCUCUGGUGGGUGAUCAAGGGACCCGUUGUGGCAUCGAUCAUGAUUAAUUUCGUCCUCUUCAUUGGAAUCAUCAUAAUCCUGGUGCAGAAGCUGCAGUCUCCAGACAUUGGCGGGAACGAGUCCAGCAUCUACCUCAGCUGUGCACAGAAAUGCUUCAGUGAGCCCACACAGGCCGCCCAGCAUUCGUGCAGGAUGUCAGAGCUUUCUACCAUCACGCUGCGUCUGGCGCGCUCCACCCUGCUCCUCAUCCCUCUGUUUGGAAUCCACUACACUGUUUUUGCCUUCUCCCCAGAGGAUUUCAGCAAGCGGGAACGACUGGUCUUUGAGCUGGGCCUGGGCUCCUUCCAGGGGUUUGUGGUGGCCGUGCUGUAUUGCUUUCUGAAUGGAGAGUUUCUCCCUAAAGGUGCAGUCGGAGAUAAAGAGGAAAUGGAGGAGUUGGACGGUGAACAGGUACUUUGCUGUGGACCUGAAGCAGCAGCGUCACCCUUCGCUAGCGAGCAGUGGGGUGAACGGGGGGACGCAGCUGUCCAUCCUCAGCAAGAGCAGCUCACAGAUACGCAUGUCCAGCCCUCUGGCCGAGACGGUCAACCUCAACCUGCCAACCUGAGCGCCUGAUUGGCCCAUCUGUCCAUAAGCCCCGCCCUCCAACUCACCCUCUUCACCUGCAGUAGGGCCGACCAAUCACAAUUAGAGAAGAACUAUUAAUUAUUCAUGAAAUCUCUGGAUAGUAUUUAAAGAUUCCAAACAACGUGUCACCUAUUAGAAACGAUUUGUCCAGGGAAAUAUUUAUAGUGCCAAAACAGUUUUGAGCUUAAAAGUUGCAAUUCAGGUUAGGAAGCUUUUUGACCAUAACGCAACUUUUUGAAGGCUUUCUAAUUAACGAGUAAACAACAAUACAAGCAUAAGAGAAUGUUAUUUUUAAUCGAUAAUAAUGCAGAACAGGGGCUGUGUGAUUCCAACCCCGAUGCCAAAACGAGAUCGCGGCGGAAAUUAGUGGAGUGAAUUUUUAUUUUGCAUUUUGAGCCAUAGAGAAUGUGAACGGUUGGUGGUUAGAAUGUAGUCAGAGAAACAUCAAUCCAUUCAUUUCUGUCAAGCCAACAGCACAUUGCUUUCUAGUUUAAGUGUAAAUCGGAUAUCAGAGAGAGACGGGUUACAUUUCAGUGUUAAUGAUAAAAUAUAAUAACAUAAAGUGCCAAAACAUGACUAUUUAAGUAUCUGCAAGCUACUGUGUUUAUCAGAAGUACACUAUAAAAGAAAAUGUACAGACUUCGUGUUGCUCGUUCAAAUGCUGUGUAUUUGAUUCAAUGUUCUCCACAGAGAGAUUGUAAAACGUAUUUUUUUACAAUCAGCCGUAAGUACAGAGUAUGUCAACAAUAUAAAGACUUAUGAAUGACUCAUGAAUUUAGAUUAUAUGUAAAUGUUGUUAUGGUUUUGUGAUUUAGCUUUUGACCAGUGUUUUCUUAUUGUCAUGCGAAUGGUUUAUAACUACGCAGAGCCAAUAUCAGCAAAUCAAGGAUUGUCAAAAAACAGUUCUGUAAACAAUUACUGGAGCGAGGAGGCGAUUCCACAGUGAUUUAUUCUGAAGUGCCUGAUGGUCACAAAAAUAGCUUUGAUGGAUCUAUUCUAAACAACCAGUGCCAUACAGUAUUGGUUUAAUUAUUAGUCAUUUAGUAUUGUAGUUUAACAAACUCAGUGUUGCUUUUACAGUCUACAUAGUAGGAAUAUAUUCACACUUUUAGAGUGCAUAUAGACAUUUUUAGAGCUUUGAGAUGCGUAAAUCAAUGCCAUUAAGUUACUAUCAGGUGCGUUAUAAAUGCUUUAGGGCUGACAUGUUCAACUGUGAGAGGAAAGAGACAUUUGAGUGAGAUGUGAAGGUGUUAAAAGGGAAAAUUCACCCAAAAAUGUUGAUUCUGUCUUAAUGUACUCACCUUCAUGUCAUACCAAACCUGAUUUUUUUAAAAUGUUUGCACUCUUAGAAUGAAAAAGUACAGUAUGUUAAGCUCCAAAAUGACAAAAAGCAUGAUUUUAGUAUCAUUUGAACAACUUUCAUGCUGCUUUUUUUUGUUCUUGUUUAAAGCUUGACAGCCUGUGAUCACUUACAGUUGAAGUCAAAAGUUUACAUACUCCUUGCAGAAUGUUUUUUUGCAGAACUCCUCUGCAAAUAUUUAUUAUUUUACCAAAAUAAGAGGGAUUGUACAAAAAUGCAUGUUAUUUUUUAUUUAAUACUGACUUGAAUAAGAAAUUUUCCAUAAAAGAGGUUUACAUAUAGUCCACAAGAGAAAAUAAUAGUUGAAUUUAUAAAAAUGACCCUGUUCAAAAUUUGACAUAUGCUUAAUUCUUAAUACUGUGUUGUUAUCUUGUUGUUGUUGGUUUUGUUUUUUGUUUUGUUUUGUUUUGUUUUGUUUUGUGAUAGUUGUUAAUGAGGCCCUUGUUUGCCCUGAACAGUUAAACUGCUUGCUGUUCUUCAGGAAAAUCCUUCAGGUCCCACAAAUUCCGUUUUUUUUUUUUAAAGAAUUUUUGUUUAUUUGAAUUUUUGUUUAUUUCCAAGAAUGACUGUAUGAUUUUGAGAUCCAUCUUUUCACACUGAGGACAACUGAGGGAAAAACAAUGUAUUAAGGGUUGGGGGGUGAACACUUUUGAACAGAAUAAGGAUGUGUACAUGUUUCUUAUUUUGCCUAAAUCUCUUUUUUUUUCAUUCAGUACUGAAUGUACAGAAGAUACAGAAAGAUACAGAAAGUACAGAAGAUACAUACAUGUUUCCCAGAAGACAAAAUAAGUUACAUUUACCCUGAUCUUCAAAUUCAAAAAGUUUUCACCCCCUGGCUUUUAAUGCAUUGUGUUUUCUUCUGAAGCAUCAGUAAGCGUUUGAACCUUCUGUAAUAGUUGCAUACGAGUCCCUCAGUUGUCCAAGGGCAAACAAGGGACUCUUGAACAACUAUCACUAAAAACAAAAAUAUUUCAGGCAACAACACAGUAUUAAGAAUCAAGCGUAUGCAAACUUUUGAACAGUGUAAUUUUUAUAAACUCAAUUAUUUUCUCUUGUUGACUAUAUGCAAACAUUUUUUUUUUAUGCGAAAUGUCUUAUCCAGGUCACUACUACAUACGAAAUAACAUGCAUUUUGUAUGAUCCCUCUUAUUUUGGUUAAAUAGUUAACAUUUUGCAGAUUUUGCAAGGUGUAUGUAAACUUUGCAACUAAAGUUACAAAAUUAAAUGGCAUAAAGAUAAGUAAAUGAUGACAGAUUUUAAUUCAUUUUGGAGUGAAAACUUUUAAUACUUGAAAGCCAGUUAACCCCCAACCCUUUACAAGUACAAUAUCUGAUGUCAAUCUAUGAAUCCAACCAAAUUUACUGCACCACCGACUGACAAUCAUAAUUAGUUCUUAUUAGUUUUUUACAUGUUUGAUCGUGAAAACAACGUGCAUCAGUGUACAAAGUGGCAACAGUCUGUGCUAAAGGUGUUGUUUAUUUCCAGUACAGUAUUAUUCUCUGCCGUGAGUGUAAAUUCUCCAUAUACGUUAAAGACGCACAUGUGCCAGUAAAUGAUGGAUGUACCAGCACUCUCUCUUUAGUCAGCACUUGCGGUCAUAAAGUACCAACGAUGUAUGUAAAACUUCUGUGCCAAUUUUGAAAUGCAAUAUGCUUUUGUUGCAGCUCAUAGUUGUCGGUGUAUUAUAUGGAAGCAGAGUCGAGGUGAUUAUUGAAAUGUACAGUAAAGUGAUGGUCGUGUAGAUCGCACAAAUAAUGUGGAAAAUGUAUACGUUUCCCCCUUGGUUAUUUUGAAUUUGAAGUGUGUAAUUUGUGUGCUACCAUCUUCAGCAAACGAAAAUGCAAAAAUAAUGACAGUAGGUUUCGAACGUCCCUCACCUUUCAUUGGCCGGAUUAAACAUAGCCCCGCCCCCUCACGCAAUUAGUUAUAACAGAUUGGCUUUCUUUAAAAAAAAUAUUUCUGAUGUAAAAUACGUUUUGAGGUUAAUAUGCAGAGACCAUUGUAAAGUAAUUUGUAGCAGUCUAGACACUGUGGCUCUUUGGUGCUAUAAAAACUUGUUUGGUUUGAGCAUCACAAACUGCAAUGGCGUGAGUUUGGGGCGGGACUGUUUUUUUUUAAUUAUUAUUUUGUGGCCAAUGGCGGACGAGGGUAGUCAUUGUUUUGCAAAUCCGCUCUUUGGAGCAGGAAUUAAACACUUUGGCUAUCCACGUUUUUCUUCCCGUAAUAGUGGGCGUGGUCAUUUGUAAAUUUAUGGGUCCGGCUUCCGGUCUCAUCCGUGUCAAGCUAUUUUUAGCUGUACAAAACGGCUGCUUUUGCUGCUUGAUAUUGCAAAUUGGUGUGUUUUACCAUAUUAUUUUAACGUAUUGUUUUAAUUAUGAGUACACUUGUUUGUAGUGUAAAGUUUUUUGGUUUACUGCACACUGUUGUUCUUCUCGUUAUUUCUCUAUAGCAGAAAUCUCGACCAUAGGCUUACUUCUGCGUUAAAGAAAAAGGUGGAUAAAUAUGGCAUAAAUUCUCACCAGUGAUGACAAAAAUCUAUAUUUGUUUGAGCUUUCUCAAUUUUCGUAUAGUUUUUAUUUUUCAACCUGUAAAUAGUAAUGAUCUUGAACAGGCUCUCAGUGAUAGUGAACUUGUCUGUAGAAAUAAAUUGUGAAAUCCUAACGGAGAGCGUCAGAUGUUGCUUGGAUUACGUGACCUUACAGCUUCAUAUGUGUUUGGAUAUAUGAGGGGCCGAACUCCCUCUGUGGCUCUUUCUAGAUAUAACUGCAUGAAAAAAAGACAAAAAAAGAGACAGAUUUUUUGCUGCUUUCUAUGUUCUUGACACCAGCCGUCAUUCUGAGCGUGAGCUCAGAAGGUAACGACCAUGUCUCAAAGCUGUUACAGAGGUGUUUUCUUGUGCUUGUAAUACAUCUGCCUGCCAGUAGGUGACGCUUUUUAUUUGAUUGUAUAUUUGAGCGCUGUAUAUUUGAGGAAGGAGGAGAUCAGUGGGAGAUUUUAUGUGUCUCUCGUGUAGGUCUGACAUGUUUCAUUGUGUCUUUGAGAUGUCUUCAUAUUGUGGACUAACUCAUUUCAAUCUGAAUGUAACACCCGGACAACAACUGUAUCGUACAUUCAGCUGCUCUGUAAAGCUGCCUGCUGUUUCUUCUGCUUUGAUGUAGAGAUGAUGUCCAUGUUUGACCUGUGAACAUUUUUGUACGUGUCUGAGUUCCAUUCUUGACAAACAACUCUUGAAUUUCUGGACUUUA